AUGUCGAGCCGAUGCAGGCCAGAAGAAAGCAAACGACUGGUGCAGCUGUUUCGCUGUUGGUCCGGUUGCACAAUGCAAAAUCCGGGUUCUAAUUCUAAAGCGAGUACCAAUCAGCCCGAGCAUUGUUCACCUAUGAAAGCUCGCAAUUUUUUCGGGUUAAUCGUUCGUUGAGACCUAAUAAACGGCGGAGGUAACGUCGUUGGAUGUCGUUUCUUUUGGAGGAAGGAGAGGAAAAAGAAGGAACGUUGCCCCGGCGAAGAGAGUGGACACGCGCGUUUCUCUCCCCGGGAGAAAAAAAAGAAAAAGAAAAAAAAUCACCCAAGGGACGUUCGAAAGGGAGAAUUUUUACGCUCGAACACGCCUCGAACACGUCGCGAUCGGUUAACAAUCGCGGUUGGUAAUUGGCCAUUGUGAAUUCGCUCUGUGUCGUCAAAGUGGAGGAACAUUGGUAUUUUCGAGUUCAAUGAUUGGUCAAGUCAUACGGUGACAAAAGUAUCGAUUCUAAAAUUUACAAUACUAUCUCGUUGAUUGUUAUAUCUUUUCAUUAUAGAGGAAUUGAAGAUGAAAAUGACAAAAGAUAG